AAUAAAUAAAUAGACAAACAUAUAUACCAUUGAAAUUUGACAAAAUGGCACCAGCUCAAAACCCAAUCAUUUCUAGACACGUUGCAGUGAUAGGAGCCGGAGCUGCCGGUCUCGUAACGGCCAGAGAGCUCCGUCGUGAAGGUCACACCGUCGUGGUGUUUGACCGGGAAAAACACGUGGGAGGUCUCUGGAUUUAUUCACCAAAAGCAGAAUCCGACCCGCUUGGUCUCGACCCAACCCGACCCAUAGUCCACUCGAGCGUCUAUGAGUCUCUACGAACCAACCUUCCGAGAGAAUGUAUGGGUUUCAGGGAUUUUCCGUUCGUGCCACGUGGAGAUGACGUGUCAAGAGACCCGAGAAGGUAUCCGAGCCACAAGGAAGUCCUUGCGUACCUUCGAGACUUUGCUAGAGAGUUUAACAUAGAGGAGAUGAUCCGGUUCGAGACCGAGGUGGUUCGAGUCGAGCCGGUUAACGAGAAAUGGAGGGUCCGUUCCAAGAACUCUGGCGGUUUCUCCGAUGAUGAGAUCUUUGACAACGUCGUCGUUUGCAGUGGUCACUACACGGAGCCCAACGUUGCUCGUGUUCCUGGGGUAAAAUCGUGGCCAGGGAAGCAGAUCCAUAGCCACAACUACAGAGUUCCUGGUCCAUUCAAAAAUGAGGUGGUGGUGGUGAUUGGAAAUUUUGCAAGCGGUGCCGAUAUUAGUAGAGACAUAGCUAAGGUCGCAAAAGAAGUCCACAUCGCAUCUAGAUCGAGUGAUCCUGCUAUGUAUGAGAAGCUUUCUGUGCCCACCAACAAUCUAUGGACUCAUUCUGAGAUAGAGACUGCCUGUGAGGAUGGAUCAAUUGUUUUUAAAAAUGGGAAGGUAGUAUAUGCUGAUACCAUUGUGUAUUGUACCGGGUACAAGUAUUACUUUCCAUUUCUUGAAACCAAUGGCUAUAUGAGCAUCGAUGAAGAUAACCGCGUUGAGCCUCUAUACAAGCAUGUCUUUCCACCCGCGCUUGCGCCCGGGCUUUCCUUUGUUGGUUUACCAGCGAUGGGCAUACAAUUCGUUAUGUUUGAAAUCCAAAGCAAAUGGGUGGCUGCAGUUUUAUCUGGACGGGUCACACUUCCCUCACAAGAGAAGAUGAUGGAAGAUCUUAUUGCAUCGUAUGCGACGCUUGAGGCGUUAGGUGUUCCCAAGAGACAUACGCAUAGAUUGGGUAAAAUUCAGUGCAAGUACCUCAACUGGAUCGCAGAAGAGUGUGGUUGCGAGCUAGUUGAACCUUGGCGAGGUCAACAAGUUGACCGUGGUUACGAGAGACUUGUCUCUAACCCAGAGCAUUACCGCGAUGAAUGGGACGACGAUGAUCUCAUAGAAGAAGCUUACGAGGAUUUUGCGAGGAAGAAGUUGAUUAGUUCUCGUCCUUCUCAUUACCUCGAAACAGGAAGAUGAUCUGCGACAUUGGUGCCUACUUGUCUUUUGGGUGUCUACUUGAAUUAUAAAAAUCAACUAUAUUGAUUUUAAUAAAGCUUAAGGAUUUAAGGGUUGCUUUUUAUGCUAUGGGUUUUUUUUCUUCUAAGGGU